AUGUUGUACUCCGUCGCUCUUUUUGCUCUGGUCAGCACAGCCGUCGCUGCACCCAAGCCGCAAAUGACCGAGGAACUGCGAAAUAUGGCUGGAGGGGCAGUUGCGCAACAGGUCAUCGAGAAGGAGUUGUCAAUCGAGGGCGUGAUGGAAUUUCAGCUGGCGAACUUCAUACAGAAUCUCCAAGUCGACUACUUCAAGCAGGGCAUGGAGCAGUCCAAGAACUGGCCCAAUAAGCCAGUCGCCGGUAUUAAGCCAGCAGACGAGGUUAAGAGGAUCUGGGCUCAAGAAGAAGCAUACGUCGAGACCUUUGCCGAGACACUCAAGAACAACAAAGCCAAAGUGGCAGAGCCUUGCCAGUACAAAUUCCCCUUCAAGGACGAGAAGUCAUUCUUCGCUCUUGCCAGCAUUGUUGGGGACAUAUCAUAUGGUCAAUUGAUCAACCUCGAGAACAGACUCGCCAAGACAGACCCCGAAGUCAUUCCUCACAUCUCACGCAUCAUACCAGUCAAGGCGAAGGCAGAUGCAUAUUUCCGUAUGUAUGCUGGAGAAGUGCCGAACCCUCAAGCAUAUGCUACCACGCUGCCCUUGGAAAUGGCCUACAACUUGGCCCUUGAUUAUGUUGUGCCAGGAAGUUGCAAGAAUCCCAUUGACUUCUUCGCAAAGCUACGAAUUUAUCCAGAUAUGAGCAUUAAAGGCACGAGCGAUGCAACUUCAGCGACCCCAAAUUCGCCUGGUGCCAUUAACUUCGGAGUCGUACAGAAGGACAUGCUGCCACAGGGUACUGACUCCAAGAAGCUGUACAUGGCUUGGAUUAAUGAGGAUAAGCCGGUCAAGUACACACCUGUCACCCCCAAGGACGGCCAGUAUCCAGCAGAUCUACCAGAGGGCAUGUUUGGAAUGGCUUAUGCGGUCUUGACGGACCAGAACCAGGCAAAGACUGCUUUGGAUCUGGUCAAGCACACACUUGCCGGGCCGUACCCUCUGCCGCUUGGGCCAGGAAAAUACGAUAAAUGA